CCGACUUCACCUCUUUGCCGUGCUGGUUGUUUGCUGGAAUAUACACCACAUGUGCGGCGGCUGUCGCUCUUGGAGACCACCAAGAACAGUUCACUUUGUCGGUGAUGUGCUGUCAACUGGAGUGGUCGAUGCAAACCACAGUGUUUGUGCACUGGAUUGGUCCUGCUCCGUGCAAACGCAACCAAAAGACAGGCAUCAGCCCCUCAUCUGCUUGGUCUCAUGUCCGCCGCAUUGGGAGCUUGCUGUAGCGUUUGGCAGUAAAUAUCGGGAUAAAGUGCGAAGAACGCUCGUCAUGCGCUUACGUAGUCCUUCUUCGAUGUCAUGACGCACUGUUUGCGAUCUGCAGCACAGCGGACCUCGAUGCUGAUACGCCAGGUUUCCAUUAGACGCGCUAGCAAUUUGGUGCAAUGAAUUAUACGAU